AUGCGGAGUAGAAGAGCCUCUUCACAAGAUCUGAAAGCAAUUGGCAGCGAUUUUGAGAUCCAGGCAAUGAUCGAAGAGCCCGACGCCGUGGACGAAGCGCCAUGGGACGCGAUUCCACUCUCCGCCGCCCUACUCUGCAUCCUCGGCAUCAACUCAUCCAUUUUCACGCCUGGCCUGUGGGGAUAUUUGCAAAGCCUCGACAAGCACGCGGAUGUCGCAUGGCUGGGACGUGCCAUGUCUACGCAGGCGGUCACCUCCAUCCUGGCAGAUCCAUUCUUCGGCUGGUGCCAACAGCACUACGGCUUCAGGAUACCGCUGAAAGUCACCGUCGGUUUGGUCGCCUUAGCAAGCAUCACCCUAUUCCGCGUGUUUGCCACUACAAGCGUCGGUGCAGAUGAGCGACAACGUGCCUGUCUCUACCAGCUGGCCGGCUUCAUCACGGGCCUCGCCCUCGGCCCGUUCAUCCAGGCUGCAUUCGGCUACGUUCCCGCGCUCAUCAUCUCGGGCGUCGUCCUCGACAAGUACAGCUGGCCGCCAGCGUUGAUGGCGCUGAGCAGCUGCUUCAUCCUCGUCGUGGUACAUCGCCACUUUCCGGGAAGACAAGUCAAACGGGGGCUAAAACCGGAACAGGCGGAGCGAGAUGAGGUGGACAGUCAGAAUACCGCUGGGCUACGUCGAAGCGACUUGAUCAUCCUCAGCCUGUUGCUCUACCUCUACGCUGCCGUCUCGAUCGCGUCGGCAGCCGAGUAUAUGAUUGCUGCCCCGCUGACCCGGGCGAUGUACGGGUGGACGGACGCGGAGUUUCUGGUUUACCACUGGCCCAUCCAGACGGGCCAAUGUCUUGCCGGGACCGCCGCCAGCCUCAUCGUGGCCGCGACGCCGCUGCGAAAAAUUGAUCAUCGUCGCCAGCUUGCCUUCGCCUUGUCGAUGCUGAUCAUCGGAAGCUUGUCCCUGUACCCCUGGGCCUUCUACCCUUCCGUCAACCCCCAAAUCUCACAGCAAAUAACGACGGCCGUCACGAAAAGGAUCCCUCUUCCUCUCUACGUGAUGGCGAUGGUGAUCUGCUACGGCCCGUCGCUGGCCAUUGCCAACUCGUUGCUCACCUCGAUCACCACGGAAGUGCUUGGGAAUCGGCAGCAGGGGCUGGUGCACAGCGUGAUGUCGGCGGCAGGCGGUGUCGGCACGGCGCUGUGGCCCCUGUUCGCCAUUCGCUUCUUCCCGGUCGACGGCACGCGCACAAUCUCCCUAUGCAACGCGUCUAUCUACGGGAUUGGGCUGUUGAUGUUCCUGGCGGCUGCCCGUUACCUCGGGCCGCGAGCUGUUGAGGAAGAUGCUGAAGCGGAAGCCACAGAAAUGGCCGAAAGGCGCGCCCAA